GGUUAAUAAACCUACCGAAUGCUGAAAAGCCUGGAUACAAUGGACAUGGAGAGGAUGUUUCCAUUAGACUGUGAUCUGACAGUGCAGUCUCAGAAUAAAGAUGCUUCCCCUUAAAACUCAGAUGAGAAACAUUUUAUGGCCAGAAGAUGUCUGAUCUGUGGAAUUUGUUGCCACAGAGGUUGGUUGAAGCUGCCAUUUGGGUGUACAUAUGACAGAGAUUAACAUAUUGAUGAUUGCUGAGCAGCUCAGGGUUACAGGAGGAAGGCAGGAAUGUGGUGUUGGAAUGAAAAUCAGCCCUGGUUGAAUGGUGGAGCAGACCAGAUGUAUCGAAUCACCUAAUUCUGUUCCUGUGUCUUAUGUCUUACCAUGACUGAAUGAUGGCUCCUUCUUAUCCCAUAUCGUCUGUGACAUGUGAGGGACAAUAAAAGAUUCUUCACUGAGAUCAUUACAUCUGCCUUCAGUGUUUAAAUUUCAUUCGACCUGUGGUGAGAGAUUUAUUUGAAGAAAAACCCCAACUGGAGGCAAACCACGACUGAAGACGUGGGAACAGCAACAAAUGAACCAGCCCGAGGACUGAGAGCACCGACUGGAGAGAACCCAUCUGACUCGGAGAUUCCGGUGAUUCAGUCAGGAGAAAGUUUGGUUAAAAAUGAGAAGGAAUUUGUCUCCAGGAAUCUCAAACUUGGCACACCAGUUUUGCUGUCUCUGUCCAGAUAUUUAAGAAGUGGAGCAAGGGAUUCAAUCGACCAUCCUUCCUGCUCAGACUGUGGGGAGGGAUUUAUUCGGUCAUCUGACCAACUGGCACGCCCGUCAUUUUACACAGGAGAAAGGCCAUUCACCUGCUCAGAUAGUGGGAAUGGAUUCACUUGGUUAUCACAAUUGAAGGUACAUCCGCAAGUUCACACUGGGCAAGGCCAUUUACCUGUUCUGUGUGUGAGAAGGGGUUCAGUCUGUCUUCCCAUCUGUGGACACACCAGUCAGUUCACACUGGGCAGAGGCUGGUCAUCUGAAGAAUUUGUGGAGAAGGAUUCACUCGGUCAUCUGAUCUAAUGGCUCACCAGCUAGUUCACUACGGGGAGAGGCCUUUCACCUGCUCGGACUGUGGGAAGAGAUUCAUUCAGUCAUCCACCCUACUGGUACAUCAGCGAGUUCACACUGGAGAGAAGCCGUUCACCUGCUCGGACUGCGGGAAGAGAUUCACUCAGUUAACCCACCUACAGAGUCAUCAGCGAGUUCACACGGGGGAGAGGCCAUUCACCUGCUCAGAAUGUGGGAAAGGAUUCACUGAGUUAUCCAGCCUACAGAGACAUCAGCGAGUUCACACUGGGGAGAAGCCAUUCACCUGCUCAGAAUGUGGGAGGAGAUUCACUCAGUCAUCCACUCUACUGAGACAUCAGGGAGUUCACACUGGGGAGAAGCCAUUCACCUGCUCAGAAUGUGGGAAGAGAUUCACUCAGUCAUCCACCCUACAGAGUCAUCAGCGAGUUCACACUGGAGAGAAACCAUUCACCUGCUCAGUCUGUGGGAAGAGAUUCACUCAGUCAUCCACCCUACAGAGUCAUCAGCGAGUUCACACUGGAGAGAGGCCAUUCACCUGCUCAGUCUGUGGGAAGAGAUUCACUCACUGUUCCAGCUUACAGAGACAUCGGCAAGUUCACACUGGGGAGAGGCCAUUCAUCUGCUGAGAAUGUGGGAAGGGAUUCAGUCCCCAACUACUGGCACACCAGUCAGUUCACAAUGGGGAGUGGCCUUUGUUAUGAAUCUCUAGGUUUUGUUUGCUGUGGACUAUCACUUUAAGAGAGUGAGAGAGAGAGAAAUGAAGAAGGUGAAUCAGUUUGACUUGCAGCCUUUUUACAUCGCUCGCAGCUUGUUUAGUUUUAACCAAGGACACAGACACUCAGAGUCAGAUGGGGAUGAAGGAGGAAAAAUGGAAGGAUCGAAACCAGGGAACCAGUGGGCAAGGGUCUCUGUUUGGAAUUUUCCUAUGCCCACAAGGGUGGGUUACUUAUCGAUUCAGGAAACGUCGAAUGUGUGGUUGUUACCUUGUUUGAUCCAUAGGAGUGGAUCUGUUUUGGGGUAUUCUGUGAAGACCACUGAUGUGUUAACCCUUGCCUAGAUGUGGUGUGGUAAUUCACUUGACGAUACCUCUUGU